AAACGAACCCGCGGUACUUUCAGGUGACGCAUUUCUCAGACUUUCGGUCGUGCCGUGCCGACGACGGUAGCUUUUCUCGCUCUGCAUUGGUUUAUGUUUUUCCUUGGGAUUUCCUUUCGAUUCGCGGAACCCCCUUGCAGCUUUAUUAUUUAGCCGCAACAUAUCGGGGUCGACAGCGUCGUGGACGGUGCUGUUCGGCGAGGCGGCGUGAUCUCUCGUUAUUGUUGUUAUUCUCAAAGUCGCGGUCUCUUCUUGGAGCAUAAGCACAGCCGGAGUGAUCUUAGCAGUUCUUGAUCAUUCGUUCGUUGGAUGUCCUACGGUUCAGUUCGAGCUCGUGCCGUCGUAGUCUUCGGUGCUACUAGAACUUAGGACCCAGAAACCUGCAGGGUCAUCUCUCGGUGAAUUGUUCUCCGGUUACGCGUGACUAAAUCGACAUAGCUGCAGUGUUUAACGCGAAGGAGCACUCAACUGGAAAUUCCUGCAGCACGAACGAGUGUCACAGAACAACGGAUUCGCAAAGCUAGUGCCUGAAUGCAAUAUACACCAGUGCCACACACGAGAAGAAUCUGUGAGCGAGUGCAACAGUUUGAUUCGAGAAACUCCGAUCGGUGCAAUUCGGUUGUUACGUUUCCUAGUGCUUUUGUUGUGUAAGCUUUGCAAAGUGGAAUACCGACAUUCGAACGAAAUUUUUGUGCGGUGAAAGGGUUUCGUGCUGAACUCAUCAACUGCCGAUCGACUGGUUGGAGCAUAACCAGAGGAAAACUAGCUAGAGACCGAGAGUGCAUCAUUCGCAGGAUGUCGUCCUGCGCUUGCCCGAUGAACCCGCCGGUCGGGGCCACUCUGGCAGCUCUGUGUGGCGGAUCACAGUAUAUGCUAUUUAUGGGCCUGCUAGAGGUAUUCAUACGGUCCCAGUGCGACCUGGAGGAUCCUUGCGGGCGGAUGAAGUCCAAAACAUCCCGAAAUACAGAUUACGAGUAUGAUUUCAUCGUGGUGGGUGGCGGUUCCGGUGGAUCAGUAAUGGCGUCGCGUUUGUCCGAGAUCAAAAACUGGAAAGUGCUGCUGAUAGAAGCGGGUCCCGAUGAACCAACGGGAGCCCAAAUUCCCUCAAUGUUUCUCAACUACAUAGGUAGUGAAAUCGAUUGGAAGUACAAUACAGAGCCGGAGAACUACGCUUGCCUUGGCUCCCCGGAACAGCGUUGCUAUUGGCCUCGUGGCAAAGUGCUCGGUGGCACGUCAGUUAUGAACGGUAUGAUGUACAUCCGUGGUAAUCCAGUGGAUUACGAAGACUGGGAAGCGAUGGGCAACCCUGGAUGGAAAUGGAAAGACGUUCUACCAUACUUCCUCAAGUCAGAAGAUAAUCAGCAAAUGAAUGAAGUGGACGGUAAAUAUCAUACGACCGGUGGGUUGCUUCCAGUUUCCAAGUUCCCAUACAGCCCGCCAUUCUCCUAUGCGGUACUUAAGGCAGGCGAACAAUUAGGCUACACGACCCAAGAUUUGAACGGAGCCAAUAAUACUGGAUUCAUGAUCGCACAAACCACCAGCAAGAACGGUAUACGACACAGUGCAGCGCGAGCUUUCCUUCGCCCAGCUGUAGAUCGACAAAAUCUGCAUAUUUUGAUGAACACUACAGUAACCAAGGUGUUGGUGCAUCCUACAUCCAAAACAGCCCAUGGAGUCGAAAUUAUUGAUGAAGAUGGUCAUAUGAGAAAAAUUUUGGUCAAAAAAGAAGUAAUUGUUUGCGGUGGAGCGGUAAACUCACCUCAAAUUCUCCUGCUCAGCGGUAUUGGCCCGAAAGCUCAUCUGGAAAAAGUUGGUGUACGUCCAAUUCACGACCUGCCCGGUGUUGGUCGCAAUCUGCACAAUCACGUUGCAUACUUUAUAAACUUUUUCAUCAACGACUCCAAUACUGCUCCACUAAAUUGGGCCACAGCUAUGGAGUACUUGCUGUUCCGUGAUGGCCUUAUGUCAGGCACCGGAGUAUCGGCCGUGACAGCUAAAAUCAGUACAAAGUACGCUGAACGACCGGAUGAUCCCGAUCUCCAGUUUUACUUUGGAGGGUUCUUGGCCGAUUGUGCCAAGUCUGGUCAAGUGGGUGAACUACUCAGCAAUGAUUCUCGAUCGAUUCAGGUGUUCCCCGCAGUUUUACACCCCAAGAGCCGGGGUUACAUCGAGCUGAAUUCAACCGAUCCCUUAGAUCACCCGAAAAUCGUGGUUAACUAUUUGCAGGAAGACCACGAUGUAAAGACGUUGGUAGAAGGUAUAAAGUUUGCCAUUCGAAUGUCUGAAACUGAUGCUCUACAGGCCUAUGGAAUGCAACUUGACCGAACGCCAGUUAGAGCAUGUAUGCAGCAUGAUUUCGGAUCUCAGGAGUACUGGGAAUGCGCCGUAAGGCAAAACACCGGAGCUGAAAACCAUCAAGCGGGUUCGUGCAAAAUGGGUCCACUGCGGGAUCCACUGGCAGUAGUUGACCACGAAUUACGGGUACAUGGAGUGAGGAAUCUUCGAGUGGUGGACGCUUCAGUGAUGCCCAAGGUGACGUCGGGCAACACAAAUGCUCCAGUCAUUAUGAUUGCCGAGAAAGGUGCACAUUUGGUUCGCCGGGCCUGGGGAGCACGCUAGAGCCCGCUAAAAGUCGUUUAUUGUGAAUCCUUUAUACGCAUUUAAAGUGCAAAGUUAUCGUCGUAUCAAUAACGAUUAUACUGAUCACAGAAUUUUCAUGUCUACAAUGACAUCCAACGUCGGCCAACAUUUUGAUAAAACGUAAUUCUCAACUAAUUAACUCUGAUUUUCCACCGCUUGGCUACGCUAUAGGUCAUUAGUAGCAUAUUCGAUAUAAAAUUUAAAAUAAAUUUAUUUACAUCAUAAAUGAAAGCCCCCCAAAUUAACGCAAUAUGUCGUCCCAUUUCUCAGUUUAUCAAAAAACACAGCUCUCUUUAAAAUUAAUCAGUUAUUUGAACAUUGCCUCAAACGAAAAGGUGUUAUUCUAAACACCUUUCUCCUCAAAUUGUUCAUACAAAUGAACACAUCAAUCUUCAUGUAGCGCAAUAUUCCGCAUCCGAUUUAAAGGUAGAGUGUAUCGAUUGGAUAAGCGUAAGUUGGCAU